AGUUACCUAUUUGCGUUUAUUUCUUCGCUCGGGAAUUAUGAAAAAUUUUCGUUUCAAGUUUUCAAGGACAAUCCACUGUUCAGUAACUAUGAUAAAUUUGAUAAAUUUCAAUUUGGUGAAAACUUAUUCACAAAAACUACCAAGCUGCAGAGUGCAAUUGCAGUGAAAAAGAUAAUAGUGCAGAGUGAUACAGAAUAAAAUAAGUUCAAUGGUGAACCUUCAAUUGACUUGUGGUCGAAGAAAAUUGCAAUGGGUACUGCUAUAUGUAAUUUUGGUGUGUGUGUUUUUGGCUGCCAUUUACCUGCUGAUUAAAUAUGUAGGAAAUUCCAAUGAUGAAUAUAUUUACCAAAGUCUACGCCUAUUGGAUGAUGUCUCUACGAAUAGUCUUGAGAGUGAUUUUUAUGUAGCAGCUGUCGUAGAAUAUGAAGUUCUGAAGGGGAUUGACGUGAGCAGUUCUUUGCAGAAGAAUCUUCAGUUUACUCUGGAUGCUAUUGCAGAAUGUGGUAGAAAUUUACCGAUGGUCGAUAUUGUCGUUUUUCCAGAGGGAACUCUUUAUGGAUUUUCAUCUAUACCAAUAAUGAGGCAAUCUGCAAUAUUCAUUUCAACCUAUGUUCCUUCUGCUGAUGCAUUUAUUGUUCCAUGUGAUCAUGAACAUUAUACAGAGAGUCAUCUGCGCAAAUUGUCUUGCGCAGCAAGAGAAAACAAAAUCUAUGUAGCAGUCAAUGUGUUGGAAAAAGUACAUUCUCCAAAAUCUCUGGCUUGGGAUGGACUUAUAUUUCACAAUACGGAAGUAGUAUUCGACAGGAAUGGAAUGGUAAUCGCAAGGUACAGGAAAUUCAAUCUAUACACUGAACGAUGGACAAACCACAUUGAUUCUACUGAUGAACCAGAACUUGUAACCUUCAAAACUGAUUUUGGAGUUGAAUUCGGAGUAUUCACAUGUUUCGAUAUGUUCUUCGUCGAACCUGCUCUUCAGUUAGUUCAGGAACGAAAUAUAAAGCAUUUUAUUUUCUCGGCACAACUUAUGAACCGGUUGCCUUUCUUUUCCAUUUCAUCUUUCCUGUACGACUGGUCCUACACAACAGACGUAUUCCUUCUAGCAUCCACAGCUCCCUAUCCAACCAAUACCUUCGGUACAAAUAUCUACUUCGGACGUCGGACAGGCACUCUAACCUACUACAAACCAUUCCAAACAUCAAAUAUCAUAGUAUCACCAGUGCCCAAGGACCCAGCUUACUCAAAUCUCGAAUACCCCAACGAAUACAAAUCCUUACAAAAAUACAUUCCCAAAAAAAUGAAACCGAGUUGGUUCCUCUUAGAACACAUCACCAAUCGAAUGACCACCAGAAAGCUGGUCACUAAUCUGAACGAAACCAGCGCCACUUUCACUUAUAAAAGCUCAACAUUCGAAUGCAACAUUACCGCAUCUUGGCAACAAUUCAUUUUCGUUCCAAAUUACCGAUUCGCAGCCUACUCCGGACUUAAUAAUUCCACUCUGGCUUCGAUCAACUUUUACACCGAAAUGUGCGGUAUAACGUUAUGUUCUCAAGCUAGUCUCACCUAUUGCAUAGAACCUCCCCUUUUUAGCGAAGCUUGGCGGUUGAUUUUCCAGUCAAUUCAUAUUUCAGCUCGUUCUACGGUUUUGGAUUCGUCGAUCAGAAUUCCAGCUGCUUUCAAUGCUGAUCUAGCAGCGUUAGAAGGGUCAAAUUUCGACUUCAGUAGUAAUCUCGAGAAUGAUUCGGGAAGGAUGGUGAAUCACGUGAACAUGAUACUCAAACGUCCUAGUGUUAAUUUGCUGACUUUUGGAAUUCUUAAACUUGACACGAGAGCUAACCCGGCGACUAAUUUUAAUCAUUUCGACGUUAUGACGAACGUAGACGUUGUCAUGUGAACAUCCGACACUCUUGCGAAUAAUAUUCUUCCCCCCUGCCCUUACCCCCAACUCCCUAGUGCCAAUUGUAAACCCUUUCGAACGAAUAAAUUAUUCGAUAAUA